GGGGGAGAAAGGUAGUUCGGUCUGCAGAUGGUGCACGGGUGACUGUGCCGAGCGCUCGUAGAGGCGGCUUUUUCCUUUUUCUUUGUGGUAGUGGGGAAGGAAGAGGACUGGAGAGUGUUUGUUGCCCUGCCAAGGGUAGCUUUAAGGUGUCGUCUUCUUCCUUUCUCCUGUGAAAGAGAAGCACUGGAUAGCAUUUCCCGUUAUUUAGCAACACCAGGUCUUCACCCUCACCAUGUCAAGGAGUGUUAAUGAUGUGUUCCCUCUCCAUUGCAUUCCCCACCUGUCAUCUUGCUAGGAUCUGACUACAGAAUGAACAUAGCAGCUGUGUUUAAUGCCCUGCUCGUGUCUGUCCUCGCUGCUGUGCUGUGGAAAUACAUCAAACUGCGAGAGCAUGCCUUCAUGGUUGAGGAGGAGUUGGUCCUCACGCGUCAAUCUCAGGAACUCUCUCAGGUUCAGAUUGACUACCACGCAGCUCUCCAGGCACUGGUGGAGGACGGUACCAGGAUGGUGUGCACUGGCAGGAUGCACACUGACCGCAUCUGCCGCUUUGAGUCCCUCUGCUACUCUACCGAGGCUGAGGAGUUUGUCUACUUUCACAGCAACUCCUCAGUCAUGCUGCCCAACCUGGGCUCCCGCAGGUUCCAGCCGGCACUGCUCGACCUCUCCUCAGUGGAAGAUCACAACACCCAGUACUUCAACUUUGUGGAGCUGCCAGCUGCUGCACUGAAAUUUAUGCCAAAGCCGGUCUUCGUGCCUGAUGUGGCGCUGAUCGCUAACAGGUUCAACCCAGACAACCUGAUGCACGUCUUUCAUGACGACCUCCUCCCCAUUUAUUACACCAUGCAGCAGUUCUCUGAUUUAGAUCUGGAGGCACGACUCUUCUUCAUGGAAGGGUGGAGUGAGGGUGUUCACUUUGACCUCUACAAGUUACUGAGUAACAAGCAGCCGCUCCUCAGGGAGCAGCUUAAAACCCUGGGCAGGCUCCUCUGCUUUACCAAAUCGUACGUGGGACUGUCCAAAAUCACCACCUGGUACCAGUAUGGAUUUGUCCAGCCACAAGGGCCGAAGGCUAACAUCUUGGUUUCUGGGAACGAGAUCAGGCAUUUCACCAAAUUCAUGAUGCAGAAGCUGAACGUCAGCUUGGAGGAAAGCUCCAGUGAGGAGUACAUUGUAGUGUUCAGUCGAACAAUCAACAGACUCAUCCUAAAUGAGGCAGAACUAAUCCUAGCUCUCGCUCAGGAGUUUCAGAUGAAAACCAUUACCGUCUCUCUGGAGGAGCAUUCAUUUUCUGACAUCGUCCGGUUGAUCAGCAAUGCGUCCAUGCUGGUCAGCAUGCAUGGGGCCCAAUUAGUCAUGUCUCUCUUCCUGCCAAGAGGUGCCACGGUGGUGGAGCUCUUUCCUUAUGCUAUCAACCCUGAACACUAUACCCCUUACAAAACCCUGGCCACCCUUCCUGGCAUGGACCUGCAGUACGUUGCCUGGCAGAACACCGACAGGGAAGACACAGUCACCUACCCGGACAGGCCUUGGGAUCAGGGCGGGAUUGCUCAUCUGGACAAAGCUGAGCAAGAGCGCAUCAUUAAGAGCACAGAGGUGCCGCGGCACCUCUGCUGCCGCAACCCCGAGUGGCUGUUCCGUGCCUACCAGGACACGAAGGUAAACAUCCCUUCGCUCAUCCACGUGAUCAGGCAGACUGUGAAGUCUAAGCCCGGACCCAAGAAGCAGAAAUGGUCUGGUAGCCUCUACCCUGGCAAAGUGAGGGAUGCCAAGUGUCAAGCCUCUGUCCAGGGCACGAGCGAAGCUAAACUUGCCGUGUCCUGGCAGAUCCCCUGGAACCUGAAAUAUCUCAAGGUCAGAGAAGUGAAAUAUGAAGUGUGGAUACAAGAGCAAGGGGAAAACACUUACAUGCCUUAUAUAUUGUCCCAUCAGAAUCACACCUUCUCAGAAAACAUUAAGCCCUUCACAAUAUACCUGGUGUGGAUACGCUGCAUCUUCAACAAAAAUCUCCUGGGACCUUUUGCAGAUGUGCUCUUAUGUAGUACAUAA